CAAUUGCGUACGGGUAGAUAUUGUUUGAAGCCAGUGUUUGCGUUAUUACGCACGAUUUCACAGUUUUCCUACAACAUUGACUCGUUCCGAACCAGUAAUCGGUUUACUUGUUGCAACGGCAGACGUGUGAUUAUAUUUCCUAUUCAUCAUCAUAUAAUUUCUGGGAGAUAAUAUCGGAAGAGCACGGCAUCGACCCUACCGGCGUCUACCGCGGCACCAGCGACCUCCAGCUCGAGAGGAUCUCUGUUUACUAUAAUGAGGCCUCUGUUGCGACGGCGGAGAGCGGCGGGAAGUAUGUCCCCCGCGCCAUCCUCCUCGACCUCGAGCCCGGCACCAUGGACGCCGUGCGCUCCGGCGCCUACGGGCAACUCUUCCGGCCGGACAACUUCGUCUUCGGCCAGUCCGGCGCCGGCAACAACUGGGCCAAGGGACACUACACGGAGGGCGCUGAGCUCGUCGACGCCGUCCUUGAUGUAGUACGCAAGGAGUGUGAGAACUGCGAUUGCCUCCAGGGUUUCCAACUGACUCAUUCCCUCGGCGGCGGCACCGGUUCCGGCAUGGGCACCCUCCUCAUCUCAAAGAUCCGUGAAGAGUACCCCGACAGAAUCAUGAACACAUACUCAGUAGUCCCCUCGCCCAAAGUAUCAGACACCGUCGUCGAACCAUACAACGCAGUUCUCUCCAUCCAUCAACUAGUCGAGAAUACAGACGAAACUUACUGCAUAGACAAUGAGGCCCUUUACGAUAUCUGCUACAGGACUCUCAAGGUACCGAACCCAACGUACGGCGACCUGAACCACCUGGUGUCGCUGACCAUGUCCGGCGUGACGACGUGCCUGCGGUUCCCCGGACAGCUGAACGCCGACCUGCGCAAGCUGGCGGUCAACAUGGUGCCCUUCCCGCGUCUGCACUUCUUCAUGCCCGGCUUCGCGCCGCUGACGUCACGCGGCAGCCAGCAGUACCGCGCGCUCACCGUGCCGGAGCUCACGCAGCAGAUGUUCGACGCCAAGAACAUGAUGGCCGCCUGCGACCCGCGCCACGGCCGCUACCUCACCGUCGCCGCCAUCUUCCGCGGCCGCAUGUCCAUGAAGGAGGUCGACGAGCAGAUGCUCUCCAUCCAAAACAAGAACAGCAGCUUCUUCGUCGAGUGGAUCCCCAACAACGUGAAAACAGCCGUGUGCGACAUCCCUCCCAAGGGUCUGAAGAUGUCGUCUACGUUUAUCGGGAACACGACAGCCAUCCAGGAACUAUUCAAGAGAAUAUCCGAGCAGUUCUCUGCCAUGUUCAGACGUAAAGCUUUCUUGCACUGGUACACCGGCGAGGGCAUGGACGAGAUGGAGUUCAACGAAGCAGAGAGCAACGUCAACGAUCUGGUGUCUGAGUACCAACAGUACCAGGAGGCCACCGCGGAAGACGACACCGAGUUCGACCAAGAAGACCUGGAGGAGUUGGCGCAGGACGAGCACCAUGACUAGAUCUAACCUCUGACCCUUACUAUGACCUUUGUAACUCACUUUCGAAGCGAAAUCGCAUUGACGCUGCAUAGUAAGGGCUAUCUCGGGGGUGCUGUCAUAUCUAUCCUUCUCGUGUGUAAUUAGAGGCUAAGUCGCGUGCUGACACCAGGCCGAGUGUCCCCGGCGGACCGACGACCAUCUCGAAACUUUCAAUGCGAUCUCGCACUACGACCCGUCAUUCGUUUGACGAGUCUCAAAGUGCAAAGUAAUGGUAAAAAAUCAUUUUAAUAUAUAAUAUUAUUAUAUUAAAAGUCUGUUUUUAAUAUAAGGAAACUAAAGAGUCGGAACUAAUUGAACGUACCAACUUGUGCAUUUUUAGCUUAAGUUAUUGUCUGUACGGCUUUUAUAUAUUAAUUUAUAAAUAAAUGUCUAAAACAAA